AUGAUGCUGAUGGGUCCACUGGCCCUCGUUCUGGCCCUCGCGCGCGCCACCGCCGCUGGCACCACCGCCGCUGGCGGCGCUGCCUUGACCCCGCACGCCGGUGGCCUCGCUGCCUUGACCCCGCCGCACGACGGCGAGCCCGAGGGCAUGACGCGGGGCAUCGGCGACUCGACACGCCGUAACUGGACCGACGCGGCCGGCAAGACAUGGCAAGUCGUCGACCCUAACCCGUCGCGGCUGCCCCUUUCGCCCUGGGGCUUGUGGUUCAUGAAUAUCGAGGACGAGGAAUAUGGCUUUCGCUGUGCGUGUGUCACGCGCGUGGUGUACAUGGGCAGGGGGCCCCGGUGGCCCAUCAACAUCGAGCCGUGGCCGGCCUUCGACGCCGCGCUGCUGCUGUCCCAUCGCUACCGUAGCGUGUUGUCCGAGGACCUCAACGUGCUCUCAUGGGCGGUGGACGGGAUCAAUAACUCUGCGUUCAUCCGGUUCGGACGCCACAAAGGCAGGUUGUUCACCAUCCACGUGCCCAAACACCUCAACCAGACGGAGAGCGGCUACUUCUUCCGCCUCGCAACGUCUCGGACUGGUCGCGUGGGUACAUACCACUACAGCGCAGAGUUUGGGAUCAAGACGUACCCGCCCGCCCCGCCGCCCCCGACUGGGCCCCGCCCCGACCUUGUCAUCGCGGUCGGCACGCUGCUCGUCGUGGUGCUUGUUGCCGGCGUGUGGGGGUACAAGGCUUACCGCCGUCGUCGGGAGGCCGCGGGCGCGAUCCAGCUGCCGGAGUCGGAGGGGUGA